AUGGAAGCACGGGAGCGGCAGCGACGCGGCUGGCUGGGAGGUCACGACAGCAAGGUCGAGUCUCGACGACGAGGUGGCAAGGCCGCAGGCACAGUGGCGGGAGAGCAUGGCAGCGACAGUCGAGGGGGAUUCCGACGCGGGGGACUGAACGAAUACGAAGUGUCGUCUGUAGCUGAGAUGCAACAUGAUGUGGAUUGCAAUUGA